UGGUUUGCGACAUUCCUCCAACAGUAGGUCUAAAGCCUCUCACGAACAGAGUACCUGUAUCUUCAGUGCUAUACUGUAAUAUAUAUAUCGGUGCUGACGAGUUAAUCGGACUUAUAGCAAGCAGUGCUUCAUUACAUUUGCGAAUCGGAUAUUCUGUUUAUCACAUACACGCUCAUUCAGGAUGGAUUUUAAAUUCCUUAUCAUCAUUUCCAUAGUUGGAACCUGUUACGUGAAUUCACAGCAUUUAUUGACCCCUGGAGCUGUGGAAUACUACUGUGGGAACAAGCCAGCUGAUGUUGUGUUCCUCAUUGAUUCCUCCAAUAGUAUAUGGGGUCCCGACUUCCUCAAACAAGUCAGCUUCAUUAAUGAAGUGGUCGAUAUGUUCCAAAUUGGUAAAAACAGAACAAGGAUUGGUCUGGCAACCUACAGUACUGACGUUCAUACUGAGUUCCACCUAAACGAAAACUACGACAGGGCCUCCCUUCGACAAGCUCUCUCCCGUGUCCGUCAAAGAAGGGGGUUCAUCACAAACACAAAACUAGCUAUCUGGACCAUGCGGAAAAAGAUGUUUAGUAAACACAAUGGCGCGAGACCCGGAGUGGUCAAGGUGGCUGUAGUGUUGACUGAUGGUCAGUCCAACAGUGUUGUGCGGACAGUUUGGGAGGCAAUCAAGGCUCGACGUGAGGGAAUCCACAUGUUCGCCAUUGGUAUCGGCUCCUACAUCAACAGGCGGGAGCUGAGAGGAAUGGCGAGUAAACCUGUAGCCGAUUACAUGUUUGAAGUGAGCAACUUUGGAGCGCUCGAAUCCAUCAAGAACAUUCUGGCUAUUAAAACAUGCGUUGUUACUCCACGUCCCACGACAACACGUCGGCCGACGACGACAACAACAACUACGCCAAUGCCAACAACGACGACCACUACGCCAACCACUACGACAACACCGACCACCACCACAACCACGCCCACAACAACAACCACUUCAGUACUGGAGCUGGCCCGCUCUGUGUGUUCAGACAGACAGACAGACAUAGUGUUUGCUUUUGAUUCCUCCAACAAUGUCCGAACGAAUGAAUUUUACCAGCAACUAGACUUCGCUAAGAAAAUGAUAGAAUUGAUGUCCAUUUCCCAAGAUACCACCAGAGUUGCAGCAUUUCUUUACAGCGACCAAAUUCAGCGCAUAUUUGAACUGAAUGAUUUUGAUGAUGCAGAGAGUAUGAAAGAAUCUUUAAAUAAAGUGAGUAAAUCUGCUGGACGAUCUCGAAUGAGCGAAGCUCUUAGGUACAUCAGAACAAAGAGCUUUAGAAGAAGCGUUGCCAGGGACGACGCCUCCCAGGUCGCCAUUAUUAUAACCGGAAGUCCCGCGAUGUACCUCCACCGAACCAAGGUCGAGGCCUCUAAGGCACGUGAGGCGGGAAUCACACUGAUCCCUAUUGGCAUUGGUGACGUCAAUAUUAAUGAGCUUCGGGCCAUAUCUGGAUCCCGGGACGACGGACUUUACUAUACCUUGCCAUCGUUCAGUGACAUUGAGAAUAUACUAGCACAACUCGCGAUAGAGUCCUGCAAAGUUCCUGAGCCAGUUAUAUCCAUAUCAGACCAAUCAUGCGGGUCUCGCCAGGCUGCGGACCUUAUGUUUAUAUUGGACAGUAUGAACGCGGGAAAGAAAAAUACUAAACGCGCUUUGGCUUUCAUUCGCUCGUUGAUAAGUGAGAUUGAUGUGGACACAGACAAGAUUCAGGUCGGACUCAUGUCAGCAGAAUGUCAGGACGAUGAGACGGGAUUUGCACUUGGUGAACGACAACAGAAGGAUGGCGUCUUGGAAUCCUUAUCAAACAUCCGCGGUACAGACAUUUCACAAAUUCUAAAGCAAAUGCGACGCGGAGCUUUCAGCCCAGCCAACGGUGGACGAAAAGAUGUCCGCAAAAUUGCUGUGCUUAUCAUUGACGGAAAACUAGAAGAGCCCAUACGAGCGCUUACCGAAGCACAGCGCGCAAGGAUACACGGCAUUGAGGUUUUCGUCAUACAAGUCGGUGAGGAUGAAGAGUCAUCAACGGAAGCCCGGAUGAUGAGUGACGCGCCGACUACACAGCAUUAUUUCCAAGUUCCAGAUUACGCCGCAUUGAUGGAAUUAAAAGAUGCGUUCUGGGCAGCUCUUUGUGAUGAAUUAUGAGGUGUCUUGGGGCGACCUUGAACGACUUUUGAAAGCAUAACUUGUGAUGGGACCAAUGUAAAGAAUGUCACGUGAUUUCGAGGGAAACACGUAAGAUAGAAUCCAUUAGCAAUGUACGUAACGAUCUCAAAGCAUCGGUACAGUUCAUGGACAUAUGAAGGAAAAUGGGUAUACAGUGACACUGUUAACAAAAAACUAAAAGGGACGUUGUUUACCUGAAAAGGUGAACAACAGCGAGUUUGCCAAUUUGUGUGUAUACCAAACAAUGUUUACCAAAAACAAAAACAGAAACCUGACCGGUAAACAACCAUUAUUCCAUGUCAUAAUGAAAUCAUUAUAUACCGGUGAAAUAUGUGCAAUAUUGAUGUAGCACAAUGUUCGAGGUAAUAAUAUGAACUCGCGCCACUGACUUGUCACGUGACCGUAGCCAUGUUGAUUGCUCAUCAUAAUUCACUGAUAUGAUUCGAGGACGAUGUCACGUGGUGUGGAUCGAUGAUCAUCUUGAUAUGUCUCGCGAUUUUUCACUUUUUAAAGAAGAUCACUGACAUUUAAACAAAAUCUGUCAAAUUUUAUUCUUUUGCAGGAAGCUAUUUUUUCAUGUUAUUUAUAAAACAGCAUUAGAAUUUUCAUCAGUUGAAUUCUAACGCUAAUUCAAGCAUAAUAUUUGUACUAAAAUAUGUGUUUGAUAUACAUGUAUCCUAUCAUUUCGCAAAAUUAAGCCAGUAUGAUAUCAAUAUACCUCGCAAAGUACAGUUUUUUUCAUAAUGUACGCGCAAUUGAGUAUAAUUAUCAAUACGGUAACUUCAAUGGGUUGAUUCACAUGUCUGACUAGACGAUAGACAUACAUGUUUGAGCCUUUAUAGGAACCAAAUGUGAACUUGUCAACGCUAAUUCGAUAAUGUGUUACCUCUGUGUGUAUUGGAACAGAUGCUAACUAAGCGAAAGGCCCUUUAACCGUUUCUGAUUCAAAGGAACAUACUGCCUUGUUAGCUUGACAUGAAAAUUAAAGCAUUAUUUUGUCAAGUUUGUAAAACAGUUUCCAUGCAUCAUGCACGUAAUUAUCAAACAACAAAGCCAAUACAUUGAAACGCUUGUUUAUAUUUGUUUUCAUAUUUUCUAUUUGUUUUUUUUUUAUUAUUGCCUUUAUUAUCAAAAAAUGAUUCAGACGUUAACUGUACUGUACAGGCCUUGGUGUGAUAGAGCCAGGCAUGGCCGCCAUUUAAUAACAAUGCAGUGUUUUAAUCAUUUUGUGAGAUGUGAAUGUGUGUGGUAUUAGAUAAUGCAUUUAAUACAUUUGAAUUUGAUCAUGAUCACUUAAGAUGUGUUGUAUGGUGCAGUGUGCAGAACGUCUGCGUGUGUCUACAAUGUCCUUUGUUUUAAUUUGUCCGUUGAUCUGGCGAAGAAAAAUCCGAAAUUGAAUAGUAUCUGAGGCAUACACAUCGUACCUUUAAUAGCUUUGCUAGAGCCCGUAUUUUUUUUAUUUUUUUACGAGGCUUCGAAGACAAUAAAGCGAUGAAAUUGUAUGGCAUGUAACAACUUCAUGUGGUGUUAUUUGUGACAUCAACAACUGUAUUAAAGCAAUUAUCUAAGUAAGAAUACACUGUGUGCUGAUAUAUACAAAGGGUAAAAACAUAGACAGAUUAUCGCUAGUGUAUGUAUAAAUAAUCAAUGUUGUGCAUUUAUUUGUUUUAUGUCUAGUAGAAUGGUCUGUGGUUAUUGUUACGAUGGUGACCACCACACGGAGUCGGGGGAAAUACACCGGAUAUUGGUCCAGAUUUCUCGAAAGGAUUUUUUUUUCUUUUAAUUUACUAUAAACCGAAAAAUAAUUUCGUCACUUUUUUAAUUUUGCAUGUUAUUUUUAUUUUUCAUUUUAUUUAUAUAUAUGUUUUUUUUUAAAUAUUAUUAUUUGAGAAUACAGUAAUAUGAUUAUCUUUUAAUGUUCCGCUAAUAAAUCUUUUAGAAUAAAAAAUAAAAUAUUUCUUUGCAAUGAAAAUACUAAGUAGAAUUUAUAUAACAUGGACAUUUUUUUUAACGAGUUUUAUUUCACUUCGAGAAAUCUGGACCUAUUUUGCUGAAAUCAAAAGGAUUUAUUGUUUAAACUAUUGUCUUUCAAUACAUUGAUAUUCCAGACUUCGUUAGACGAGGCCCAGUAGACAAUUAGAUAGCAACUACGCGUACAUAUAAUAUGUUAUACACUCGUAUUCAAUUUCUAAAUCCGUAUCUCCCGUAAGGAUAUAUUCCUGAAUUCAUGGAUUAUGUUGUUUACCACAGUUAUUUCCUUUUUGUUCUGAAAGUAUUAUAAACUUCUUCACAGUUCCACAGUAUGAUGAAAUGUGUCGACGGUAAAAAAACAAACACAAAAAAAGAAAAAGAAACAAACAAAACCAAACAAAACAAACGAAAAAGGCAGAGAGAGCCAUCAGUUCAGAUUUACAUUUUGAAUAUCUAUUGGGUCUCGUCUACACGAAGAAUCAUCGCAUCUCGUCCUAUCAUCUGUAUAUAAUCAUCGUAAUUAAGCGUGUAAACCACUGUAUUACUUAUUUAUGUAAGAUAUGUAAAAAAUGAAAUCCACUUAUUCACAUAUGACCAUCGACACUGACUCGAUCACGUGAUAUUCUGAUAGACAUAUUAACAUUUUAGGAGAUUAUAAAAUCAUCAUCAACAUUAAAAGAUAAAGUGAUUCCUAACAUACCGUUAUAGUAACCAUCUUACGUCAUACUUACGUCAUACUUACGUCAUAUAUCAGCAACAUUAAUUCCGGAAUAUCACGUGAUCGAUGUAAAUUUCGUGUCGUAAACUCGGCUUUGUGAUGUUAUGACAGCACAAAAUAUCAAAUGACGUCAUAAUUGGUAAAUGACGUCACAUUUUGUGAGGUCAGUAAUACUGACACAUAACUGUAUUGAAAAAAAAAAUGAUGACGUCAUGAAACUUACUGAUGUCACAAUUUUACAUUUGCGUCACAGUUUAUUAAAGUUAACGAUUUAUUGUGACGUCAUAAAUACUAAUAUGGCGUUACAUCAUAAAUUGUGCUGACGUCACGAGUUUAAAGUGACGAUAUGCCUGCAGUAUCUGUGAUUCUGUUUUGUACCAAAGUGCUUUACAAAGAGUGAGUGUGAGAGUGUUACGUUAUUGUAUAUAGUGUAAAACGACAAUGUUGAAAAUGUUAAUAAAAUUGACAACGACGAAACUCUG